CUAUUGGCAAUGACUUAGGAUGAUAUGUAUGUCAUGGAAUAAAUUUUAAUUAUUUUCAAUAUUUGAUGUCAUAAAAUGUACUGUGGAUUUUAAUGUUCCAAAUUUUUUACGUUAUCUAUUUUGGAUUUUUGUUAAUAUGAAAAGGUCAUUGACCUUAACGUUUUUUUGAGAGAUUGUCGUAAAAGUGGUCAAAUAUAUCUUUCUCGAACUCAAAUUUAUUCAUGUGAGAGAAUAAAUUAUCUACCUAUGGUCGUAUAGUGGAGUUGAACAUUUAAAGUAUGAUUUGCAGUCAGUGCAGGAGGAUUCUGAGGAGUGGUGAGGGUAUCAGGUGUUCGGAAUGCGACUCCAAGUACCACGUGGCGUGCGUGAGCGAGACACAGGAAGUAUUGGAGAGCGGCGACCUCGGCUACCACUGGACGUGCGCGCUGUGCCAGCACCCCGCCGGCAAGUCGGAGGACAGGUUGCGCAGCUCCUCGGGACACGUCCUCAUGGCGAUGAACACCAUCUCGGAGAAGUUCGAAAUGGUAAACAAGAUCCAGCUGCCGAGGCUCAGCCACGACAUCUUGUACAUCAUGAAUAUUGCAGAUCGGAUCGCGAGACAGAACGAGAGUAUACUCCGUACUCUGGAGGAGUUGAAGAACAGGCGAGAGGUGAAGGCGACCCACGAGCAGCUAACGUACCGGCGGCGGCACCUCAGCCUGAUGCCGCGGACGAAGCACUCGGAUCAGCCCGCCGCCUCCGCGCUGCCCGGCGCCGACAAGUUGGCGAGGUAUAGGACCAGAAGGAGGCCUAACACCUUGCAAGAAAUGUUCUUUCUCCUUAAUAAAAAGUUGCGGUAAAUCCGAACGGAAGACUAUUAAAUUUAUUUUCCAUCAAAACCUAUUUAUUAUACUGAAAACUUUUUAUAAAAACUUUGCAUGGUUGUAGACCUGCAUUAAAUAGGUUUCGUAUAUUUACAUUUGAUUGAGAUAUCAGACAGAAUGUAGUUUUAUAUAAUGAUUUUAUCCCUUAAAGUGUGAGAGCUUUUGCUAGGAGUGAUUAUAGUUUGUGAUUAUAAAAGAUAACAAUGUGAACUCAACAUGAGAAUGCUUUGUUAAUUAUGAGAGUGUGCUAAAUAAAGCAACGAAAUGGUAUGUGUCAGAAAAAUUAAUAUCGACCGAUCAAAUAAUAUUAUGUAGAGAUA